UUUUUUACACUGGAGCUCGCAAAUCUGGCUAUCGUAAACCAUAAUCACAAGCUUAACAUCGGGACCUUCAAGGCCAAUCACAAGAAAGUCAUGGGACCGAUGAUAAGACCAGAGGAAGAAGAAGACUACAUGAGUCCACCGUGGCUAAUGCCAAUGCUACGAGGCAGCUACUUCGUCCCCUGUUCGAUCCACGCCGAUUCCAACAAAAACGAAUGUAACUUGUUCUGUCUCGAUUGUGCUGGAAAUGCCUUUUGCUCUUACUGUUUGGUCAAACACAAAGACCAUCGUGUUGUUCAGAUAAGGAGAUCUUCUUAUCACAACGUGGUGAGAGUGAAUGAGAUACAGAAGUAUAUAGACAUCUCUUGCGUUCAGACAUAUAUAAUCAACAGCGCAAAGAUCGUCUUCCUCAAUGAAAGACCUCAGCCCAGAAUCGGCAAAGGUGUUACAAACACUUGUGAAAUCUGUUGCAGAAGCCUCCUUGAUUCUUUCCGCUUCUGCUCUCUCGGUUGCAAGGUACAUACCAAACUUUUUUGUGGAUAUGCUCUGUUUUCCAAAUGUUAUGCGUGGAAUGACAAGUCUAACCCUUGGUUGUUUUUGACUGUUCAGCUCGGGGGAAUGAAGAGAGGAGAUCAGAGUCUAACCUUCUCUCUGAAAGGGAAGCAUGGGAGAGAGUACCAAGGUGGGUCUGAAUCAGAUGAGGCUACCACACCGACAAAGAUGCGUAAGACGAAUGCUUUCAACCGUCUGAUGAGUGGUCUAUCAAUCUCCACCGUUAGAUUCGAUGACUACGGUCCUGGCGGCGAUCAACGCUCUUCAAGCUCUGGCGACGAAGGCGGUUUCAGUUUCUCUCCGGGAACACCUCCGAUCUACAAUCACCGGAAUUCAAGCAGGCGAAAAGGGGUCCCACAUCGUGCUCCGUUCUAG